AUGUUCCGAGCGGCGCUGUUUUCCCUCGUUGCUCUUAAUACCAUCGCCGCCGUUGUAGGAGGUUCCGUUCUCGAUGCUUACCCAGAACUCCGAAACCUCACCCUGGAUGAUAAGUUUGACUACAGUUGGAAAGCAAUAGAUCAGUGGAGAUGCCCAUGGUUUUUAAAAUCCCGCCUCAACACCAGUCUAUCCGUCUUCAAGGCCGGAAACUGCAGCUACAAGCCCGUUACAGUCAGCGCCAAUGGACCAGCACAGGAUUGCUGCCACAUUUACGACAAUCCAGGAGGACCAACCUGCAGUUAUCAAAGAGAUAUUAGCUACACGACGACGAGAUCUACAAUGCACGGAUGGAAAAUUGGAGUGUCGGCCAAGUUUGGGGAUUCGAAAAGCAAUCGGGCGGGGUCCAUUACAGAGACCUCAGCAAAGACAGAUGGCGUGUCGAUGGGUUGGAACAAUCUUGAUCCAGGUUAUACCUACGUGCCGACUAUAUCGUAUUUGCAGGUCAGUUGCACGGGCAUUGUUUAUGAAGAUGAACCCCAGAUUUGGAGAAGGAAGGGAAGAGGAUAUCUCGAGAAUUACGAUCUCGAUCCGCCGUCUGAUAACUGGCCGGAUCAAGAAAUGGAGAUACCAAUGCCGCGGGAUUUGCUGUGCGGCAUUAGAAGGCGCUCAAGCUGGCCUGGGUACUAUGACACACGCAUAGAGAACCCUGGCGUGGUUGCAAUACUGAACCUAGUGGGCCAUGAUUUAUGGAAGCCACAGAUGGCCAAUAACUUCAAACACCUCUGGCUUGAUGAAACCAUCGACUUUCCGGUCCUUGGUGGUGAUGGGCACAUUCUGUCGGUCUAUGGCUUGGAUAAGAGAUCCUGCCAAAAGGCAGCUUCUAUGCGCACAGCCGAAGACGGCUAUAUAGAUCUGCCAGAUGGAGCUGACCCUGAGAGCGAAGAGUGA